UGUGCCUCGAUUUCUUUUGACUAAUUAUUAGCUAUGACUCUGCCGAAGAAAGCCAUGCUGUUGUUUUUGAUGGUUCUGGUAUUUUGUGGCGUAACAAAGGGUGAAGUAUACAAGGUUGGUGACUCCACUGGGUGGGCAGACAUUGGUCACUUUGACUACAAAUCUUGGUCUGCCAGUAAGAAUUUUCGUGUUGGCGAUUCCAUUGUGUUUGAGUACAACAAGCAAUUCCACAACGUGGUUCGAGUGACACACAAGAACUUCAAUGCAUGCAAUGCGACAACAACUUAUUCCACCUUUAACACUGGCAAUGACACCUUUGUGAUCAUAAGGCCAGGCCAUUUCUACUUCAUUUGCAGCUUCCCUGGCCAUUGUCAAAAUGGCCAGAAAAUUGACAUCAGAGUUCCUAAGCCAACGAAAUCAUCGUCCUCGCCUUCGUCCUCGCCAUUGUCUUCGCCCUCAUCCUCACUUUCGUCCUCGUCGUCGCCUUCGCCUAAGCCUAAUUCUCCAUUGGAGCCAAUUACUCCAUCAUCAACAUGGGCACCUUCACCAUCUCCUGCUGCAAGUGGAUCCUCAGAAAUGAUCUUCUCUUUUAAGCUUUGGUUGUCCAUGCUUUUAAUAGUUGCCACUAUGGUUUAAUUAAUUCCUACUAUUCGUUACUAGCAAAAGGUCCGGGUUCUUUCUUUCUUCAAAGACAGUUUUUUUCCAAUUAUAGUAGUCAUUUUAUGGUUUAAUAUUGACAUUA